AGGGUUUAUUUUAAAUACAUGCAGUCGAUUGAAUGUAAAACGGCGAACUACUGAAAGCGAAAGAAAACAAAACACCUUUAAAUACAAAUUAAAAGCUGCAAAUGGUGAAAUCAUAGAAGUCUGUAAAAAUUUUUUCCUCACAACGCUUGGGUACAAAAAAACGAACGACAGGGUUUUACACGAUACUCUCACGAAAAUCCCAAGAAACCAGUUAAAUGCUAGACCAGAUCAACGGACAAGAUCAGCCAAGAAAAAAAUAAACUAUGAAUUGGUAGAUGCGCACAUAGAAUCUUUUGAACCAUCUAUAUCACAUUAUAGGUAUGUAGAUUAUUAGAAAAGAAAUUAUUAUCCUCAAAGUUAAAAAAAACUUUAUUUUUCAUUUUAGGAGAGAACACGCUCCAAAUCGAAGAUAUCUGCCGAGCGACAUUUCCGUUUCUGUAAUGUUUGAGUUAUUUAAAUCCCAAUACCCAACCAUGAAAGUUAGCUACGAAGCUUAUCGUUUACGUGUUAAGGUCAAAAAUAUUUCAUUUGCUUCAUUAGGACACGAGGAAUGUGAACGCUGUGAAGAAUUCAAAUUGCAUGAUCACACGAAGGAUGAUUUGCAAGAAAAUUGUGAAAAGUGCUGCUCUUGGAAGAAGCACAUUGAUCACGCCAAAGACUCCAGAGAAUUAUACCAGACGCAUGCCAAAACUAAGUUUGAAGAUGGUACUGUUUGUUUCUCCGUGGACUUGCAGAAGGUGAUCAUGUUGCCCAGGGUCGAUACUUUUAAAACAGUUCUGUUUAUUAAAAGACUUACAACUUAUAACGAAAGCUUUGUCCCAGUAGGAAUUAUGUCAAAACAAAAACCGUUUGCAGUGCUUUGGAAUGAAGCUAUAUCAGGUAGGGACAAAGAAGACAUUGUAAGCUGUUUUUAUGCAUUUUUUCUAAAGCAUCGAGACGCACCAAAAAUUAUUCUUUGGCUGGAUAAUUGUUCCAGCCAAAAUAAAAAUUGGUGUCUUCUUUCUUUCUUUGUUAGGAUAAUAAACUCCUCUGAAAUAUUGGCUAGCGAAAUAUUAAUCAAUUUUUUUGAGCCCGGGCAUACUUUCAUGUCCGCCGAUAGCUUCCACCACCAGGUGGAGCUAUCACUAAAAAGGAAAGGCAAGGUAUACGAUUUUAAUGAUUUUGUAGAAGCUGUACAAAAGGCACAAAAAUCGAGAACUGAAGUAAAAAUAAUGUCUCAUCACGAUUUUUACCAAUGGAAAGACCUUAAAUCUGAGGCAAAAAUGAAACAACAAAAAAAAAGAAUUUAUUUAAGCGAUAUUGUACAAAUAAAAGCUACUCGUGGGUCAUUUUUUUUACAUUAUAAAUCUUCUUUAAACAACGAAUUUGAAAAAUUAGAUUUCCUAUACAAAAAGGCAAUGACAAAGGGUGGUAUUUUUUCACAAUUUGUGCCACUUCGUCGUACUGCACCUAGAGGUUUUCCGAAAACAAAAAAAGAUGCCAUCAUUAAAAAUCUUGGUAACAUAAUGCCAGAGAACCGAAAAGAGUUUUGGAUAAAUUUGCCCGAAACUGAUAACUAAUGAACUUUUGAAAUUUUUUGCAAUUUGUUAUUGUGUGCCUUUUUGUAUAAGCGUUAAAGUUUAAGUUAGUGUGUUAUGUUUUAGUAAGAAAUUAGAAAUUAUUUGUCGAAUUUUUUAACUGUUUGUAUUUGUAAUUUCUAACUGUUUAUAUUUGCGAUUAUUUCAUAUUAUUAUAACCUAAUAAAGCACCUAAUAAAGCACAUUAAAAAAUUAAUCUAUAGUCUUAUUCAAAGUAAAAAUAAAUAUUUAUACAUUUUUGUCAAUCUAUUGAGAGUUUUGCGCACAUACGGCAUUUUUGUUUUGCAUAAAGGCCA